AUGGUCUAUUGCGGUAAGCCCAGCAAAGCGUGCUCGGAAUGCCGAAUCAAGAGGAGAAAGGCCAAAGUCCACCCAUCUCAAGAUCAGUCCAGUCACUACCCUUGGUUCAGACUUGCGAUUACGCCAGAAGACCAAGCUCUGCAUUUCUUUUUUCACCAUUAUGUUGUACCUGAGUCUGGACGGUCCCCUACUCAUCCCGAUUGUCACGGUAUCAUUUACAAGCGAGCAAGAGAAGCUGGGUACUUGGCCAACCUCAUAAAUGCUGUCGGACUAGCCGGUCUAGCGUACUCAAAGAACGCGCCCACGCUUGUUAACUCAGCCAGACAGGCAUUUUCUCGUGCGCUUCACGGCCUUUGUGCGGCGCUCGUGGACCCCAUCGAAGCAGCAUCCGACCAGAUGUUGGUAGCUGUAAUGCUUCUUGCGUUAUACGAACUUGUCGACUGCCUCCAGCGUGGGCUGCCGGUACCAAAAGUCCUAAAAGACCUUAUGGCUGAGGCUCGCAGGAAUGAAACAGAACGAGAAGCGCCUGUAGCUUGGCUAGCAGACAUUGUUGUUAACUUGUGCACCACCUUGCCCUCGGCUGGGGAAUACAUCACGGAUGAAGGGAUUUUGACUUUCCACGUUUCAAGACUAUUGUCGAUUGAUGCAGAUCUCGAGGGCUGGGCCCAAACGCUCCCAGCUGACUAUGGGUACGAGACCCGAACCAAACAAAGCCAUCUCGGUGAAGCAGAAGUGUUCAUGGGACGCCAUGAUGCAUAUUACAGCGUUGAAUUCGCCAACUCGUGGAACCUACAGCGCUGUGCGCGUAUCAUUCUUCACCAGUCAAUUGUUGAAACAAUAUCCAACUGCUUGCCCAUCUCUUCUUCGCUGUCGGUCCUAUCCUCUUUUCCUGUGUCAUUCACAGACCAACUCUCCAUUUCAGAAACUAUCAUACAGGCGAGCUCCAGUGAUAUAUGCAGCAGCGUCCCAUAUAUCUUGCAUAGUUUCGAUGUCGCAGGCAAGUCGAGUGACCUGCGGGCCGCUUAUGCUGUGCAUCUAUUGUGGCCACUUUCCGUUGCAGGAACAACACAUACUGCCACCGAUACUUUGCGGUAUUGGGUCAUAACAGUGAUGGAAAACAUCAAGGAGGUUACUGGAAUUCAAAAAGCAAAGCACAUAGCCUUGACUUUGCAGCGGUGA